AGGCCAAUGAUUGACUGAUGAGUGACAUCUAUCUAUUUGUCUAACUGACAUUGCUAAAAAGACACAAAACGUAUCACACUGGUGAGUUUGUAUGCACUGCUUGACAGUGUCGCAUCAUGGGCCUGUACAAAGCAGUGUUCUUGCUAGGCACCCUUUUCUCUGCAGGUAAGAUACAGCUGGCAUAAUUUUACGCAUUUUAAGUUGAAGUGAACUGAAGGACUCAAACACAGUGUUUAUACUUGCAAAUUGAACAUUUAUUCACAAAUGAGUCCUAUCUGUUCACUCAAGUUUUGUUUUAGGUUCCUGUGUCUAGUUCUUUAAUCUAAUCAUUUUGUAAGAUUAUCUUCUGCCAACCUUAUAACUGAGGCAGUUAGUUUAAUAAAAUGGUAUGUAUUAUUCUUCUUACUGGGUAAUUACUCUCGUAGAUUGGCCUACUGUACAGGGCUAGCUUUACUGCUGUAGUGUAAGUAGGCUACAGUGGAAGAAUUAGUAACUACAAUACUUUUUUUGCACCGUACUUAAGAGAAUAAGUAUACAGUAAUAGGAACAAUGUGGUGUUAAAACACUGUUCAUCACACAACAAUGUAUUUAUUCUAUGUCUUUCUCUUACUUGUAAAUUGUUUUGAAAAUUGUCUGUGGUGUAUGUCCACUCCACAAAUGACUAAUCUGUCAAUAUAACUUCAUGUUGCAACCUCCAUUCUAUAGUGGUCUUUAACAGCAGCUUAGCCCUGAAACCAUUGCGUUUUAGCUUUGCAUCACAGAGCAAUUGUAAGCAAAUUCAGUCUUACUCAUUGUUUCUUAUCUGUUUGUCCAUUUAGUCAGUGCGGGUGUCCUGGAUGAAUAUGCAAAAACAGAGGGCGCCCGGAUUAUAUCUAUCGUAAAGAGGGAGUACUCAGUAGGCACAGUUUUAGAAUGUGCCAUCAAGUGUAACAUUGAAACAUAUUUCACCUGCAGGUAACAUAAGGCUUAUGGCCAUUUCAUGAACAGUGAUAAUGAUUUACACAUGAUUUACAUAGUCAUAUUUCAUUCUGAAUGUUUCUUGGCAGGUCCUUUAUAUACAUUGAAAAGGAUCAAGAAUGUUUGACAAUACCAGCAAACACCAAAACAGAGGAAGUUCUGAGAAGAGCCAGCACAGCUCUCUACGAAAAGAAAGGCAAGUCCUAAAGUUUUUCAGAUUUUCUCGAUAAGUAGCUAGGCCUGAAAGGGCUUCCUAUAAUCAUUAAUACAUAAUGGAUUACAAAUAUUUGAAUACAAAUGUAGGACUGUUAGUUUCAUGUGAUUGUAUUAGUCCUCAUUAUUUUCAGUUAAUAUUUAGCUAACCUCUGUGGAGUUUCCACUAAGAGGUUUGGACUGUGUCAGUAAACAAACAGAAGAGGUGAUGCAGAUUAUCUAAACAACCCAGUCCAAUCAGUCCUUCAGUGGGAGGUACAUACGGUAUAUCAAAUUCCAUACUGACCAUAUCUGACAACAUCUCAGAUAGUAAAGGCCUGAUGAUGCUUUUUAAUUACCCAAGAGGGGUGUUUAGUACACUUCUGAAUUUGCCUAAUAAAAUCUCAAAGAUUACUAACCAAGCCACCCACCUUCUACUGUUGAUACAUGCUAUUCUAUGUCUUUAUAGUGUACUUGAUGGAGUGUGUGAAUGGAAUCGGUAUGGACUACAGAGGGACGAAGUCCAAAACAAAAUCAGGGAAGACUUGCCAGAGAUGGGCAUCAAAAUACCCACAUAACCCCAAGUAUGCUCACCCACACCUACAAUAUUUAUCAUAUUCCUAUAAAGUAUUUUAUUUAUAUAUGAUUUACUACCAGCAACUUGAGGUUAGAUUUCUUUGCAGCAGAAGUAAAUUCACAUUAUCCUUGUGAAUCUUUCCCACAGCAUAACUCCGUUAACACACCCCAAAGCCGACCUAGAGUCCAACUUCUGUAGAAACCCAGAUGGCGACAGCAAAGGCCCCUGGUGCUACACCAGAGACCCUGAGACCAGGUGGGAGACCUGCAACGUCCAGGACUGCAGCGGUACCCUUAAUAUCUUGUUAUGUCCCCACUGCCAAUAAGCUGAUAAAACAGCUGAUGUCAUGUUGGUACAAAAGUUAAAAUCUCAAAAGCAGAUUACACUCUUAGAAAAAAAAAACGCUAUCUAGAACCAAAAAGGGUUCUUUGGCUGUCCCCAUAGGAGAACCCUUUGAAGAAGCCCUUUUUUUGUUUCCAGGUAGAUCACUUUUGGGUUCCAUGUAGAACCCUUUCCACAGAGGGUUAUACAUGGAACCCAAAAGAUUCCUACCUGGAACCAAAAAGGGUUCUCCUAUGGAGACAAUUCAGUGGAACCCUUUUUUCUAAGAGUGUAUAUAUAUCUUUAAACAAAUAGUUGACCAGCUUUUUUUGUCACUUCUUCUCAUCAUAACAUCACUUUGUUAAUACAGUAGGUGUAAUUUGGAAUUGUUUUACUUCUAAAGUGCUGUUGUUUGACCCACAGAGGAAUGUAUGCACUGCAGUGGUGAGGACUACAGGGGAAAGAUCUCUACCACUGAGAAUGGCUACACUUGCCAGAGAUGGGACGCCCAGAAACCUCACAACCACGGCUACAGUCCCAGCGCGUAAGAGCCUUUACUGUCUCUCACUCUAUGUAAUAUCAGAUAAAUAUUACAGGUUAUAUGUUUACCAUGUGCUCUGUCAUCUGCCCCUCUUUACCUCUUUCUGUGUCCCUUUCUCUGUGUCUCCCUCCCUCUAGUCUUCCUGAGAAGUACCUGGAGGAGAACUACUGUAGGAACCCAGAUGGGGACCCCAAACCCUGGUGCUUCACCACCAGCCUCUCCAAACGCUGGGACUUCUGCUCUAUCCCUCGCUGCAGUGAGCUUUCACCCUAUCUCCUCUAUCUCUCCCCUGUCCCCUUUGCCCACCUUGACCCUACCAUGACCCUACUAGCGACUGUCAUCCCAUUCAUGUCUUUUAGUCUUUUCUCUUAUUUGCCUCCAAUCUAGGGCCCUACCCCGCAUUUUCAUCAUCCCACCUCAAGAGGCCGAUAUAGCACCUUCUUACACCACGUGUAAAUAAAAUUGUCAUUUAAAAAUGUUUUAUUUAACCUUUAUUUAUACAGGACCUGGUCCAACAGCAGCAGGGGGAACAAAGUUUCAGACAACACAACAUUGAACAAAGCUAUACACACACAUACAGUACAACAAUUACAUAUUACGUAAAGAAUAUGUGCGUACCAUAAUAAUUUAACUUAAUUAUCCAAUUAGUCCAAAAUAAAUUCCCAACCAUUUAUUUUAGGCAAAUUCACUAUUUCAUUUGACCAUGCUUGUUCACAUAUUGGUCGUUUGUGUCAGUGAAUUUGUCCGUUAUUAUGGAGAUGCUUUUUUAUUUCUUGAUUUCAAACGCGGUCUAUUGCACAUUUUAGUUUGUAGUAAAGUAGCCUAAUGUUGCAGGUUUUGAAGAAUACACUGAGUAUACAAAACAUUAAGGACACCUGCUCUUUCCAUGGCAUUGACUGACCAGGUGAAUCCAGGUGAAAGCUAUGAUCCCUUAUUGAUGUCACUUGUUAAAUCCACUUUAAUCAGUGUAGAUGAAGGGCAGGAGACAGGUUAAAGAAGGACUUUUAAGCCUUGAGACAAUUGAGACAUGGAUUGUGCAUAUAUGCCAUUCAGAGGUUGAAUUGGCAAGACAAAAUAUUUAAGUACCUUUGAACGGGUUAUGGUAGUAGGUGCUAGGCGCACUGGUUUGUGUCAAGAACUACAACGCUGCUGGGUUUUUCACACUCAACAGUUCACGUGUGUAUCAAGAAUGGUCCACCACCCAAAGGACAUCCAGCCAACUUGACACAACUGUGGGAAGCAUUGUAGUCAACAUGGGCCAGCAUCCUUGUGGAAUGCUUUCGACACCUUGCAGAGUCCAUGCCCCGACGAACUGAGGCUGUUCUGAGGGCAAAAGGGGGUGCAACUCAAUAUUAGGAAGGUGUUCCUAGUGUUUGGUAUACUCAGUGUAUAUUAUUGUCAUCUGCAGCGAGUGUCCCUGCAGGAUAUUCUGAUCUUUCCAUUUACUAUUCUUUUAUAUAGACUGUACUUCCAUGUAUGGUUUCAUUGACUCUCCCCUUUAACUGCCCCUAAUUGACCAAUUUCUAUCUACAACUUCCAAGUCUGCUGGAGAAGAUCAGCUUGAGCAAAGUGAGGUGUAGAACGACUGAUCUACAAAUAGUAUUCCCUUGCCAAAUAAUAGGUUUUGUGUGAUCAAGAUUUGCAAAGCUACGCCUUUCCUGGCUCAGGCGAUACCCCCGCCCUAACACACGAGCUCAACCAGAUAUUGAUUGAUUGUUUGAAGACAGCUUGUGUCAAUUACAGAAUAUUUCCUUGGAUUUUCUACCUGCAGCGACACUUGCAGGAUAAUGCUGGAAAUGCUGGUAAAACCACAGUGCCUCAUUUAUGGACCAAAAAGCAGGACCCUACCCAUGACCCCUGCUUUUUCACAUAAAAAUAAACAAUCUGAUUCAAACAUGAGUUCACUAACUCCCAGUGAGUUCUCCUCACUCUACAUUCUCUCUCCCUCUCCCCUAGCUUCUGAGCCUCCCACGGUGGUGGAGGAGAUCACCUGUAGCACAGGCGACGGCGGUGCCUACAGGGGAACCGUUGAUGUGACAACAUCUGGGAAAACCUGUCAGGUCUGGGCAGCUCAGACGCCCCAAAAGCACAACAGAACUCCAGACAACUACCCAUGCAAGUAAGAUCCACCCACGAGAUUGGGCAACUUGUUUUUACUCAAGCAAGAACAGAGCAUUGCGUUUAUCAGUGUUUUAAUGUCUUAUAGAUACAGACUGACUGUGAUCGAACCUAUAUGAGUGGUUGUUUGUGUUCCUGUCAGAGGCCUGGACCUGAACUACUGCAGGAACCCAGACAAUGAGAGGAUGCCCUGGUGCUACACUACAGACCCAGAGACACGCUGGGAGUACUGCAAGGUGCCUAGCUGUGGAGACGUUCCUGGACCAGGUCACUUUACACUUAUGAUGAUGAUGAUGUCAACGCAUUGGAUUUAUAUAGAGCUUUCCCAAGUGCUAAAACUGCUUUACAUUAACUACAUAAUGAAACUCAUAUCAUCCACUACCAAUCCAUGCAUCCUACAUUUUCACCUAAAUUCAUAUUUCAUAUGUGGUUAACAUGGUUCAUAUGCUUUUUGAUCUUCAGAUGACGCAGCUCCCGCUCCAGCUGAGGAAGACUGCUAUGUGGGCAGCGGGAGUGAAUAUCGUGGCAUGGUGACAGAGACCAUCAGUGGGAAGAAAUGCCAGUCCUGGAGCUCGAUGACACCUCACAGUCACAAGAAGACACCUCAGGACUUCCCAAAAGCGUGAGGCCUAGAGAAUAGAUAAAAUCUCUAAUGUCUAUCUAGAUCAUCUAUAGCUCUAUUUAUGUGUUCUACUAUCUGGUAAUUUAAAGUAGGGAUGGGGGGGGGGGGGGGGGGGGGGGGGGGGUCGAUAUAGUAGAGUAUCGCAAUAUUAUUUUUUACGAUAUUAAAUCAAUUCUAUGACUCCAAGUAUCAAGUGUAUAUACAGUAUAUAUAUUUUUUGGGUGGCAACUGCAGGCAGAUACAUACAAAUGGUAUCCACGCGUUCAUCUGACUCUGGGGAAGUAGAUAAAGGGCCUCACUGCCAAAAUCCCAAAGUAUCCCUUUAAUUUACCUAGCGGUAGUCGGCUGUACCUGCGCAAAACCUCAGUUAUUUCUCCUUCUCUAGAUUGUUCUCCAUCUUCUUUUUAAAAGGUGAGCCAACAUGUUUUCAGCACUUUUAUUUCCAUGACUGAUUAAAACUUGUUUUCAAAUGGCUCUCUCUUGUCUCUGCAGCAGACAUGGUGAGCAAUAUGUUUGGUACAUCGAAUCGCAAUACAUAUAGAAUCGUGAGAAUCGCGAGAAUUGUAUUACAUAUCGUAUCGGCACCUAAGUAUGAUGAUAAUAUCGUAUCGUGAGAUCCCUGGCAUUUAAAGCCAAAAUAAAGUAAUAUGUCAUAUUCAGUGUCUGAGGACAUUAGAUGACAUGUAUUUUACAUAUGUUUCACAGCGAUUUGAGAAGAAACCUGUGUAGGAACCCUGAUGGCGACCGUGCUCCAUGGUGCUACACCACUGACCCCUCUGUUCGUUGGGAGUUCUGCGCUGUGGAUAAAUGCCCAAUGGCUCCCAAGCCUACUUCUAAGCCUGACAAACCUGACCAGCCCAAUCCAACCUCUCAGACACCCUCAGCCGGUCAUCCUUUUUAAUCCUUUAAUCCUUUCAUUCAUUCAUUCAUCUUACAUUAUCAAUGUUGAGGGGAACAAUUUAUUAUAUUAUAUACUGAUAUUGUUUUCUGUUGACGUUCAGAUUGCAAGGUGGGCAAUGGGGAGACAUACAGGGGUCCUACUUCCAUGACCAUGUUGGGUGUCACAUGUCAGAGGUGGAGCUCCCAGAGCCCCCAUCAGCACGCCAGCUUCAACCCUGAAUCCCACCCUGACAAAGGCCUGGAGUCCAACGUAAGUCCAUGGAAUUUUCUUACUAGAUGUACUGUAUUGAAAGGCCCAGUUCAGUCAAAAACAUGAUUUUCCUGUGUUUUAUAUAUAUUUCCACACUAUGAGGUUGGAAUAAUUCUGUGAAAUUGUGAAAAUGAUGAUAAUGCCCUUUUAGUGUAAGAGCUGUGUGAAAAGACCUCCUGAAAAUUCAGCCUGUUUUGGUGUGAUGGAGUUUUGGCAAUAAAUUAGUUAAUAGACCAAUAAGAGAGAGUUCCAAACCUCUCAGCCAAUAUAAGCUAGUUCUCAGUUAACCCCUCCCCACUCAGACAACUCCCAGACAGUCCUAGCAAAAUUGACAAUUUUAUUUGAAAACAAUCAAAGUAAGGUACUUCAUUGUUACCCAGAAAUUAUUUGAUAUUGAGAUAAGAACAGCUGCAUUGGACAUUUAAAUAAUAACAUUUGAAUCAGACAAUAUUGUGAAAGUACUGCAUAUGAUAGAGGAGACAUUUGGGAAGAUGUACUUUAUUAAUUCAGCGUCCCUUUUCACUGUUAGAAUUGCAGAAACCCUGACAAUGACGUGAAUGGACCAUGGUGCUACACCACAGACAAAAGCAAAAAAUGGGACUACUGCCAAAUCCCAGAUUGCGGUAUGUGGCCUACAUUGAGAUGCAGUUUCUGUUAAUCAUUACACAUAUGGCUGUGCUGAAACAAACUUGUUAUAUCCAGAUUAAUGUGGUUACUGUCUACAUUGUGUUAUGCACCAAUAAAACUGUAUUUUUGCUCUCCAGCUGGCUUGAAAUGUGGGCAGCCGGUUACAAAACCCAAGAGGUGUUUUGGUCGCAUCGUUGGAGGCUGUGUGUCCAAACCCCACUCAUGGCCCUGGCAGAUCAGCCUGAGGACCAAGUAUGGAGGAUAGCAUCCCAUUCCCUUUCAUGAAUUGUAUUAAUAUAUUGAUAUUUCCAUACAGAAAGAUAAAACAAUAUAUCUCUUGGAGAACUCACUUCUUCACUCUUCUGUCUGUCCUCCUGCAGCACUGGCAUCCAUUUCUGUGGGGGAACUCUGAUCGCCCCUCAGUGGGUCCUCACCGCUGCCCACUGCCUGGAGAGGUGAGAGAGCAGCCCUCAUCAGUGCCUGUAUCAACUCAGUUGUCUUGAAGUUUAUUUAAGCAAUAAGGACCGAGGGGGUGUGGUAUAUGGCCAAUAUACCACGGCUAAGGGCUGUUCUUAGGCACAACGCAAUGCGGAGUGCCUGGAUACACCCUUAGCCGUGGUAUAUUGGCCAUAUACCACAAACCCCCGAGGUGCCUUACUGCUAUUAUAAACUGGUUACCAACAUAAUUAGAGCAGUAAAAAUAAAAGUUUGGUAAUACCCGUGGUAUACGGUCUGAUAAACCACGGCUUUCAGCCAAUCAGCAUUCAGGACUCGAACCACCCAGUUUAUAAUACUCAAUAAAUGUAUACCAACCAGAAGAGCAGCUGUACAUAUACUGUGUAGGAGUGAUAGCCUCUUACACAACAGAAGAGCAGCAGUACUGUUUAGUCAUGUUCACUGUGAGGCCCUAAUUAUGGAUUCAAUAAAAGUACAUCUUUCUACAUUUGUGCGUAUUAGAUCAAAGAGGCCAUCUGCCUACAAGGUGUUCUUGGGAACCCACACAGAGAGAGCAAAUGAAGUGUCCAAGCAGGAGCGUAACCUGCAGAAACUGAUCCUGGGACCUGACAGGACAGACAUUGCACUACUGAAGCUAGAGACGUGAGUGAGGCCAUUCCAUGACAAAAUAAAAACUCAAUCGAAUUUGUCAUAUUUGUCUUGCUGUUUGGAAGUCAGAGGCUGUAAAAAUACUUGUUUAAUUGGUUGCAGCCCUGCACUCAUAAAUGACAAGGUUUUACCAGCAUGCUUACCUGAGAAGGAUUACGUGGUACCACCUGGAACAGAGUGCUAUGUGACAGGAUGGGGAGAGACACAAGGUACAAGAGUCAUGCAUGUUUUUUUCCUUCCUGAUUGCACUCAUAACAUCAGACAGAAUUAAGUAAUUAUUCUGUAAUUCUUCUGUCCAGGACUCCAUUACUUUAUUGAUGCAAAUGUACAAUUAUUUUCUAUAUUUUCUGUCAUGAAACAUUGAUCUUUGUGUUUGUAGGAACUGGUGGAGAUGGGCUCCUCAAGGAGACUGGCUUCCCUGUAAUAGAAAAUAAAGUGUGUAAUCGUCCUGCCUACCUGAACAACAGAGUUAAGGACCAUGAGAUGUGUGCUGGGAACAUUGAAGGGGGAACAGACAGCUGUCAGGUAUACAUGCUCAGCAACAACUAGUAGUCAUUCAAUUUCAGUAAGGACUGUGUGGUUGGUUGUAAACUGCAGUUUCCACAGUGAUUUUAAACGUAACUGCUUUGGAGUGAUGAUGAUAAUGGUGGUGAUGAUGUUUUUGACCUCUUCCAGGGUGACAGUGGCGGCCCUCUGGUGUGUCAUGCCAUGAACAGCUUUGUCCUCCAGGGCGUGACAUCCUGGGGUCUGGGCUGUGCCAACGCCUUGAAGCCAGGGGUGUAUGCCAGAAUAUCAAAGUUUACGGAUUGGAUUGACAAUCAGAUGAAGAUUAAUUCUUAACCCCCUACUCUCCAUAAUCUGGAGAAAUUUGUCAUUUGAGCCACAAAUCUAGUUUUGUUAAGACUUGAAAGUACAAAUUAAAUACCUGUAGUAAGUGAUUUCUUCAGAAAUUGCAAGGUUCAUUAUUUUUGUUAAGAAAAAAUAAAUAAUUCAAUUGUUAAACAAUGCAAUUAUGUUCUAGCCUGGUAGACAUCAAUUGUGUUCAGUGACAUGUUAAAAAACAAUAUAAAAAAGCUGACAUUGUGUAGCAGCUUGUGUGCAAUUGGGAUCUUGGAUGGGAAAGCUCUUUAUUAAGUUCUGUCAGGUCAGUCAAAAAUAAAAGUAUAUAACAUUAACA